CCUGUUUUUGUAUUAAGAAGUAAGGUUGAAGUUUUGAAAUAAGACUAAGGUUCCCUCGUAUCUUCUACUUCUUGUUUACACCGUUUCGAAUUUCUGAUUUAAUUCUGGUCGCAUCUCGAGGUGAAAUCUGAAAUUCGUUUUUAUCCCGGCUGUUAGGAAUUUAACUGUGAUAUCGCGCUUUCGUAUUUACAACCUGCAGAGUCUACGCGGCGUUUGGCAUCAGUAUUACUUAUUACAUCCGUAUGCUUUUCUAUCAAUGCGGACUUAUGUUUAUUACAGAGCUCAAAGUCUCAAAGAAACCGGAUUCAGCCGUGGCCGGAAAAGAUGUCAAAAACAAGCAAGCGUAAAAGUGGAGAGUCAAAAAACAACAGCACCAACAACAAUAACAACAAGGAGCAGAAGCGGCAGAGCGUUUUUGAGAGAUUGGGCACAAAAGCGACUGUAAACCCGUCUCCUUUGCACCUUUCCCUUUCCGUUAACACAUCAGCAACCGGACAACCCCAAGACUUCUGUAGGAACUGGGCACAGAAUGGUACUUGUUUGUAUGGCAAGGCUUGCAAAUUAUCAAACACACACAUUUUAAUCAGCCCGUCGAAGAAAAAUAACAAGAAAGACAUUUGUGAGUUGAGUGUGAGCAGUAGUUUAAAAAUAUCUAGUGAUAGAAGAAGUGAAGAAGGAAAAAGGAUUAUAUCGACUGUCCCAAGGAGAUUGGGCAGCCCCGAGUUGAAUAGCUGGGAGACUUGGGACCAAACCGUAUUAGAGUAUGAAGAUGAGAAAGUGCUGGAAAAGAGAAGGCAACUUUUACAGCGCGAACUUGAUUUACACAUGAAAAAGGACACACGAAAAGAAUCUUCUGCCAAAAUCCAGCGAAGAAGUAGUUCUACUUCUAGCUGUAGCUCUAGUAGCUCGGGGAGUUCAUCAUCCUCAGUUUCAAGCUCUGAAUCUAGUGCUGUGAACCGGCAUACUUCCGAUAUUAAAAAGAAAAGGAGGUCAACCUCCAGUCCAUCUGAGUCUGAGAGAAAUUCAAAGAAAGCACUGGGAAAACCCAGCAUGAGCAAAGAUAGUCCAUUAAGAAAAUCCAGCAGCUCUGGGGGCAGUAAGAAGAUUGUGUCGCCCUCAAGGAAAAAGAAAAAGUCUUCUUCACCCCUACCGAGAAAAUUACCACCACCUCCCCCUUCACCACCUAAAAUGAGAUCAUCAAUGUCGUCAAGAAGAACUCUACCUAUCCCACAACUAAGAAAUAAAUUUGAAAGAAUCCCAGAACCCAGACCUUCAAUUUGUGCUCGAAGAAAGGAGUCUCCAGAAAGACGAGGACGGGGGUUAUCGAGUGAGAGAAAGAAGCAUAGGAGCGCUUCCAGGAGUCGGAGAAGAGGAUCGAGCCCAAGGCCAGUAAGCAGGAGGCCAAGAUCUCCUGAUUCUAAACUAUCAUCAUCCUCAUCUUCUUCAAGGCAACCUUCAUCAAGAAAUAGAAGUUCAGAUAGAAAGAAGGAUGAAGAUAGAAAGAGCAAAGAUGAUUUUAGAAGGGAUAGAAAAUCUGAUUAUAGAGAUAAAAGAGAUUUACAUGAAGAUUCACGAAGUCGUGAAAAAGCAAGGGAAAUGCGAGAGGCAGCACGAGAGAAGGAACGCUCUGAGGCUUUAGAAAGAUGCAGGGAGCGUCAAAGGGAAAGAGAAGCUGCAGCAAAAGAAAAGGAAAGAUUGAGAGAAGAAAGAGAGAGGGAAAGAAAAGAAGCUGCCGCAAAAAGAGACAGAGAAAGAAAGGACAGGAGAGCUAGUUCUAGAGACAGAAGGCGACCUGUAUCGCAAGAUGCCUCCAAACGACAUGAUAGAGUUUUCGAUAGGUAUGAUAGGAAAGUCUCAAAUGAAAGAGAGAGGGCUCGAGACAGAGCAUUAGAGCGUGUAAUGGAGAGAAAGAGUUUGGAGAGAAGCAGAGACAGGGGAAGAGGUGAUAGUUACGAGAGGCCUUAUGAGUCGUCUAGAAGACUCAUUGAUGACAAACCAUAUACCAGUCCAUAUAGAAGUAGUGAAAGGAGGUAUGAUGCAGAUAGGGAUAGGUUAAGCCCACGUGAAGACAGAAUCAGAGGUAGUUAUUCAGAUGACAGGCGAAGGGAAUCAAGGAGGGAUAGGGUGAGUAGCGGUGCUGUCUGGAGUGGCGAAGGAACCAGUGGGAACAGUAGCAGAUAUGAAGAAGCACGGGACAAAUCCACUUCACGUGGAGAUUGGGAAAGAGAGUUUCAGGAUUCGAAUAGACGAGACUGGGAGCCCAGGUGCCGUGAUGAAGGAGGGGAUGAUUGGACAUCAUAUAGUGGUGGAGGUGGAAGUGACUGGCACACAAGCUCACGCUCACAUCCUAUGAUCUCUCAUCAUGAUGAUAGAAGGAAUCAUGUUGAGGUGAAUGAGAAGGAUCAUUCUUCAGUGGAAACGACUAAAGAUAAAGAUUCAGUUGUAGAAAGUCUGAUAGGGAAAAGGCACAGCCGGUGCUCUGGUGAUGAAUUAGAUGAUCCUCCUAAAAAGUCAAGAAUUGAUGAGGCUCCCUCUUCACUUCAAGAAGAACUUAGUGAUAUAAGUGAUGAUGCGGAUGAUAUCCUCAACCGUGAAGAUGUGGAAUUUACUGAAGGGGAUGAGAGUAGAUUGGAAGGUGAUAACGAGCAAGAAGAUCACAUUGAUGAAAGUUCUCAUUCACACCAACCACUUCUUACACCACUUACCCCAUCCGAUCACAAGUAUUUAAUCAAAAUGGGUAUGGAGUCAAGAAUGGCAGAAGAUGAAGGUAUGGUCGGUUUGGACUUCGAGGAAAUAUCUGAUGAAGAAUUAGAAGAAGAGUCAAAAACGAAUAAAGGAGGGAGUGUAGGAGAUGCCUUGGGUGUUGAUUGGACCAGCUUAAUGUCAGAGUGUAAAGAACAGAAUAAACAGAACGUAAAUGAAGCCUCAUCUGCUCAUUCUUAUUGGGAAACAAAUAACUUGUUAUCUAGGAUUGGUAUUUCUCCAAGUAUGGCGGGUCCCAAGCUAUUUUCAAGCAUUAACGAAAAAUAUCCUAAUAUUAAUACAAAAAAUAAAAAGUCAAAUGAAAUUGCAGCACUAUGUCGCCCUUUGAGUGAUAGAAAAUCUUUCAGGAGUCAACUUAUUUCUUCUGCUAUGAACCACAAGCAAGCUCUUUCUGCAAGAGCCGAUCUCUCUAUAAGGUACUUAUUUUUAUUUGACCUACUCUCGUCUAAUUACAAUCGGUUCAAUUUCAUUAUUUCCAGGAGGCAACUUUGUGGACUGCCGGUUGUAGGCCUGGAAACGCACCAGAACAUAGGUUUCUGCCAGUGGGCAGUAUAAUCUUUAAACAAGUUUUUUAUAUAAAUGUAUUUAAAUUUUAUACUUUCUUGAAUUUACUUUUAUUUGCAUUUGACUUUGUACAUAAGGUUAACAUGAAAAUAAAUAAAUGAAAGUUUGAUUAUUUGA